UUCGUACCGCAAAGUGAAAAUCGGAAAGAUGGAUCCCAAAACACUUGCAGGAAAGGAGUUUGUCAUUCAUGAAGAUUUAAUUGUUUGGCACAAAGAUUUUAAGCAGGUCUUGCCCCAUUCAGUGUGCAAUGAUCCCUGUCCUGCUGGCUAUCAGAAGAAAAAGAAAGAAGGCAAGAAAUUUUGUUGCUAUGAUUGUGAUCAAUGUUCUGAUGGGAAGAUGUCAAAUAUGUCAGACACAAUUGCCUGUUCUGAAUGUCCAGAAGAUCAAUAUCCAAGUAAGGACAAAGUUCGAUGCAUCUCCAAAACAAUAAUAUUUCUAACUUUUGAAGAACCUUUAGGGAUCAGCUUAGUUGUGAUUACUAUUUUAUUUUCAACAAUUACCAUGUUUAUAUUUGGGAUAUUUAUUAAAUAUAAAGACACCCCUAUUGUUAAAGCUAACAACAAGGACCUCACCUACACUCUCCUCAUCUCCCUUCUGCUUUGCUUCCUCUGCUCUUUUCUUUUCCUUGGAAAAGCUCCACAACUGAUUUGCAUCCUCAGGCAAACUAUCUUUGGCAUUAUCUUCUCCGUGGCCAUUUCUUCUGUGUUGGCCAAAACCAUCAUGGUCAUUGCAGCAUUCAUGGCCACCAAACCAGGAUCCAGCAUGAGAAAAUGGUUGGGGAAAAGACUGUCCUUCUUAAUAAUUUUUCCUGGAUCCUUCAUUCAAGGAGGCAUUUGUCUGGCAUGGAUGAUCACUUCUCCCCCCUUUCCAGAACUUAACAUGAAAUCAAUGACUGAAGAGAUCAUAGCAGAAUGUAAUGAAGGGUCUGUUGUGAUGUUUUACCUUGUUCUGGGCUAUAUGGGGUUUCUGUCUCUGAUCAGCUUCAUGGUGGCUUUCCUGGCUAGGAACCUGCCAGACACAUUCAAUGAAGCCAAGUUCAUCACUUUUAGCAUGCUGAUGUUUUGUAGUGUUUGGUUAUCUUUUGUUCCAACGUAUUUGAGCACCAAAGGAAAGUAUAUGGUAGCUGUGGAGAUCUUCUCCAUCUUAGCUUCUAGUGCUGGUUUAUUGGGAUGCAUCUUUUUCCCCAAAUGCUACAUUAUUUUGCUGAGGCCUAACCUCAACAGCAAAGGACAACUUGUGAAGAAAAAGCAUUUUUGAUUAUUAAAUUAUGGAUUGAUGUAUUUCUACUCUGAAACCAAAUGAGUAAUCCUCUUCUAUGAAUAAAAAUGGGGCUUGUUUAUGGGUUCUAUCAAUUUUAUUAAUAUUGUAUAUCCUUGGCAUAUCUAACACUGUGUCAUAUUCUUAUGAAUGGAUAUGGAAAAUAAAAUAUGUCACUGUUUCAU